GUGAUAUAUACGCGCAUGCGCAUUUCACGAAUUCCAUCCGAUUAGUUUGAGAAAGAGCGAACUGAUAAACAAAAUCUCGUUCUCUGAGGGAAGUACACAUCAAAUAAAGGCAUCAAGAUGAUGCUCUCACGCCAAAAGCCUGCCAUUGGGCCUGGCUCUACAACACCAGCGAAGGAAAACAAAAAGAAAAAGAAACUUCCAAAAGUUGAAGAAUUCUUGGAAAACAGGGAUUACACUGGAGCAAUCACUUUAUUAGAGUUUAACAGAAACAGUGGGAAAGGAGACCAGGACACAGACUUAUGGAUCGCAUAUUGUGCUUUUCAUUUAGCCGACUAUAAAAGGGCAAUGGAGGAAUACAACAGAAUUGUUAGUAAAGGGAAUUGCCAUCCAGAUGUGUUUGUUAAUCUAGGUUGUACCUACUUUUUCCUUGGCAUGUAUCCAGAAGCUGAUGAAGCUGCUCAAAAAGGUUUGAAGCUAGCUGGAAUUUCAAUCGAUAACCUACAGAACGAUCAUUCCCCACACAGUAGACUACAAAACAGAUUGUUGUUUCAUCUGUCACAUAAAUUUAAUGAUGAGAAACGACUGAUGGGUUACCAUGGGCAACUACAAGAUAUCAUCGAGGACCAGUUAUCGCUCGCCUCAAUACACUAUCUCCGCUCACAUUAUCAGGAGGCUAUAGAUAUAUACAAAAGAAUUCUACUGGAUAAUAGUGACAUUGCCAAUAAGGAUUUUCUGGCAUUAAAUGUAUAUGUGGCAUUGUGCUAUUACAAAUUAGACUACUAUGAUGUGUCACAGGAAGUAUUAGCAGUAUAUUUACAACAAUACCCAGACAGUGCUAUAGCUCUUAAUCUUAAAGCAUGCAACCACUUCAGAUUAUAUAAUGGAAAAGCUGCCGAGGCAGAAUUAAAAAAUCUUCAAGACACAGCAUCCCCGUCAUUCAUCUUUGCUAGAGACCUCAUCAAACAUAACCUGGUUGUAUUCCGAGGUGGAGAAGGUUCACUACAGUGUUUACCUCCCUUGAUAGAUGUUAUACCAGAAGCUAGACUAAAUCUUGUCAUAUAUUAUCUUAAACAAGAUGAUGUAACAGAGGCAUAUAACCUUAUCAAAGACUUGGAGCCAACCACUCCCCAGGAAUACAUUCUCAAAGGUGUAGUCAAUGCAGCUUUAGGCCAGGAACAAGGAUCUAGAGAAGGCUUAAAGGCUGCUCAACAAUUUUUCCAACUUGUUGGUGGGUCUGCCAGCGAAAGUGAUACUAUUCCUGGGAGACAGUGUAUGGCCUCCUGCUUCUUCCUACUCAAACAGUUUGAAGAUGUCCUCAUUUAUCUUAACUCUAUUAAGAGUUAUUUCUAUAAUGAUGAUACAUUUAACUUCAACUACGCUCAGGCUAAAGCUGCUGUGGGUAACUUUAAGGAGGCUGAAGAGGUGUUUUUGUUGAUUCAGAGUGACAAGAUCAAGAAUGACUAUACAUAUCUUAGUUGGUUAGCCAGAUGCUAUAUUAUGAACAGAAAAGCGCGGUUAGCUUGGGAGUUGUACCUGAAGAUGGAGACAUCUGGGGAGUCCUUCAGUCUACUACAACUGAUAGCUAAUGAUUGCUACAAGAUGGGACAGUUUUACUAUGCAGCUAAAGCAUUUGAUGUUCUGGAAAGAUUAGAUCCUAACCCAGAGUAUUGGGAGGGUAAACGAGGGGCCUGUGUGGGUGUGUUCCAACUUAUCAUUGCCGGACAUGAACCAAGGGAGACAUUGAGAGAUGUUAUCAACAUGUUGAGAAAUUCCAGCACACCACAGGUAGAAUAUAUGGUCCGUACCAUGAGGAAAUGGGCCAAAGAAAAUCUCGUUCCUCUACCUUGAUGUGUCAGAUAAAAGUGUUCACCAAACAUCCAACAUCAUAUACUGUGAAGAGAUUUUUCUCUUUGCUUUAAUAUCAUAUUAAAAAAUUGACCUUGACCUUGAAAUGUGAGGCUUGUGAAAGAUACAUGGCUUUUGUAAGGAGGAUGUAUUGUAAUGUACAAGUAUACUAACUUGUUGAUUAUAAUUAUUUAAAAGUUUUUAUACAAAGAUAUCUUACGAUCUGCUUAUUUCAUAAAAGUACAGAUUAUAUUUGUUUAUGUUCCAAAAAUGAAAAAUAAAAAACAGAUUUCAUUGAAAUUGGAGUAAAUUUAAUUCUCGGCAAUGGUUUAAAAAAUUAGAAUUGUGAGAUGAGUACUUCUUUAAUAUUAACUGAUAAGGAAAAGCUUAAGGUUAAAGAUCAGGUUGAAAACUUAUCAUUCAAUGCCAACACUAAGCCUUAUAUUUUUGACUUUUCUCCUCUUGGAUUAUUAAGGAUUAAUUGUAUUUCUUUGCUAUUAAAGGACAAAAAAAGAUUGAGCUAUAAACUGUAACAAUUAACAGAAGGGAAAGCUUUUAAUCUUCUUAUUGUGUAAAGUGUAAGGAUUUUAGUUUAUUUUUGAACUGUCAACUGUUCACAUGGCUCUGAGCCACAUGCUGAUUAAACUUGUGAACCUUUACUUCAUUGUGUGUACUUGAAAAUUAUUAUUCAAAUUCUAAUGCUUAGUUAAAAUCACUAAUAAAUAUUGGAAUGUUUGACCUACAUUCCGAAUUUGGCUGUAUAAAUAAUCUAGUAUAAUUGUAGUUUUGAUAUGAAGGCAUAUGUGAGCUUUGUCUAAAAUUUAUUGCAAGAUUAGGAAUAAAUACAAUUUUUUAUUCUCUUUUUAUGAAAAAUAAAUUGAAGUAAAGAAGCUUUAUACAUGUAGAAAGAUCAUAAGUUCAUCAUAAAAUUUCAAAUAAAAAACAUCAUUUAACAUUUAUAUUUUUCUAUGAAAUUUUUUACAAUUUGUUUACUGCUCCACAUUAUGAAUUACUGUGUAAAAAGUAUAUGUUCCCUUGUUAAGUAGAGUUGGUUAACAUAUCACAAGCUAAACUGCUGGUUGGAAGCAAUCAUUAAGAUUGUUUCAUUACAUUGUUCUAUUUUUAUGUUAGAUUGUUGUAGCUAUAACCCAUUGUACAUGGUUAAAUCACAUUUGGAAGAAUUAAUAGGUCACAGUCUGGGGCUUCAGAUUUUGUCAGGUUAUCGAUGUAUUAUAUCUGAUUGUAAACUGAUCCUCGUGUGACUAUUGUCUUUGGGUUUAUUUCAUGUCUUUAGAUUAAAUAUUGAAUCCUUGGGUUCAAUAUCGUAUGACAUCAUGGACUGAAGUUAUGCCUCUGUUGAAAGGCUGUGAUAUAAGAAAAUCUCAUUGAUUAUUAUACAUUAUGUCUGACAUUGCAUUUUAUUGUUUAUUUGAGCUUAAAGAAUAUUUUCUGUUUGAUUAUUCUUUGAUUUUCUCUGUAUGUUUAGUAAAACAGAAAGAAAAUCAUUUGAAUUUGAAAUGCCUUUAAUUUUAGAUAUUUAAACUAAACUCAUUAAAACGUAGUCUGUCUCAUUAAGGCAUAAAUAAUGGUUUUGACCUAUUGAUGAUAAAAUAUUUGUUUAGAAAUAUAUUUGGGGGGGGAUACAUAUGAAAAAAUAGGUUUGGGACAAAGAAUAAAACUUAAGAUUUUAACAUAAGAUUAUUAUUUAUAUGAACUGGGACAAAGAAUUUGUAUAAUUGGUCCCACAUAUGAAUUAGAAACCUAGCAAAAUACUUGGUGACAUUUGAGUUGUUGAUGUAGAAUAUUUCUAUUAUAUGUGUAUUUAAAUGAUACAAUUUCUGUAUAUAUUGUUCAAAUCUUAGUUAAUGCUGAUAUUUAUUUUUAUAAUUCCGUCCAGGUCUAUAUUAGUGGCCUUCAUUGUACAUUCCUUUGUCUAAAAACUAAUAAGUGUAAAGAUCUUUAUACAUGUAAUGACUGUCUUGUUUGGUAAAAUGGUCUAGUCCAACUUGAAAUUAGGCUUGUCCAUUAUGAAUGUGAGGGAUUACAGACUGAAAUUGUUAUACAUGCAAGAAUUUAAUAUCUAAAAGAUGAGUUUUACUCGACUGCACUGCACAGAAUAUAUAUAUGUUCUGUAGAAAAUGACUAUAUCAUAAGUACAUAAGAGAGAAAAUAUUAUGUACAUUUGCUGAUGCUUAUUUAAAAAAAUAACGUAUCACUUAAUUUACUUCAUGCUGUACUGUACAAUUUUUUAUCUUUCAAGAAUAAAAUGUUUAAUUUAUUGAAUAAAUUUUACCAAAUAGAAUGAAA